AUGUCUGACGAUGAGAGGGACGAUUGGCCAGUGCAAGAUAUCGUAUAUACCUCCAUUGUGGGGGUUGUGAUGCUUGCUGCUGUGCUGGAGUGGUUUCUUUGGAUCGCAGCAUUUCUCUAUUGCCUCUGGAAGGUCUUCGUCAAAGCGGAACACUGGACCAUCAGAGUGCUUUCCGUCGUCGUUGCCUUACUUUUCACAGCACUGAGGUCCAUCUUCCUUCCAAUUAUGGUUGUCACCCUGCCGCUUCCCGCUGCCGUCGUCGAAGUCUGGCCGCCUGGCAUGGUCGAGGUUCUGCAAUGGUUCGGAUUUUGGUGUUUUGCUGGUCUUCUAACAGUUCCCUGGCUAUUUUGCAUCUACCAGCUGGUCACCAAUCAACUCGGCCGCACCAAAAGAAUCAAGCAGGUCCUCGAUGAAGUGUCUGCACCUAAAGUUGUCAUUGUCAUGCCAUGCUACAAGGAGGAACCGGAUAUCCUCGUCAAGGCUGUCGAUUCAGUUGUGGACUGCGACUAUCCACCGUCAUGUAUUCAUGUCUUCUUGUCUUUCGAUGGCGACCAGGAGGAUGAACUCUACCUAAGGACCAUUGAGAGUCUAGGCAUCUCCUUGACCCUUGAGUCUUACCCCAAGAGUAUCGAUGUCACUUACAAAGAGGCACGUAUAACAGUCUCCAGAUUCCCGCAUGGCGGCAAAAGACACUGUCAGAAGGCCACGUUCGAGCUCAUCGAUAAGGUCUAUCGGCACUACCUCCAGCGUAACGACAACCUUUUCAUUCUUUUCAUCGACUCGGACUGCAUCUUGGAUCGGCAUUGUCUGCAGAAUUUCGUCUAUGACAUGGAGCUGAGCCCAGGUAACCGACGAGACAUGCUGGCCAUGACUGGAGUCAUCACAUCCACCACCAGGAAGCACAGCCUCAUAACGAUUCUUCAAGACAUGGAAUACGUCCACGGACAGCUUUUUGAGCGCACUGUCGAGUCAGGAUGUGGCUCUGUCACCUGCCUGCCAGGUGCUCUGACAAUGCUCCGGUUCUCUGCAUUCCGUAGGAUGGCGAAGUACUAUUUCGCAGACAAGGCCGAGCAGUGCGACGACCUCUUCGACUUCGCCAAAUGCCACUUGGGAGAAGAUCGUUGGCUGACGCAUUUGUUCAUGAUCGGAGCAAAGAAGCGGUACCAGAUCCAAAUGUGCACAUCCGCCUUCUGCAAGACAGAGGCUGCGCAAACGACCAAGUCCCUCAUCAAACAGCGCCGAAGGUGGUUUCUGGGUUUCAUCACCAACGAAGCGUGCAUGCUCACGGACUGGCGGCUUUGGAAACGGUAUCCGGUCCUAAUUUUCGUUCGCUUUAUGCAGAACACAAUCCGCACAACGGCUCUCCUGUUCUUUAUCAUGGUUCUCGCCAUCAUUACGACGUCGAAAAAGGUUGAUCAGCUGCCUGUCGGGUUCAUUGCCGUUUCCCUGGGGCUGAACUGGCUUCUGAUGAUAUACUUUGGAGCCAAGCUCAAGCGGUUCAAGGUUUGGCUGUAUCCGGUGAUGUUCGUCGUCAACCCCUUCUUCAACUGGUUCUACAUGGUGUACGGUAUCUUCACGGCAGGGCAGAGGACGUGGGGUGGUCCUCGAGCGGACGCUGCAGAAGCGAGUUCGGGCGCGACAGCCCAGGAAGCCAUCGAACAGGCAGAGAAGGCGGGCGACGACCUGAAUAUCGUUCCGGAAAUGUUUGUGCGCGCCGCUGCAGCCCGGAGAAGGAGCCUCAACAAGGGUAACCAAGGCGGCGGCCUCGGCAGAAAGACCAGCGUGGUACGGCCGCCGGAUAAGAUCGACGGCCGCUUCACAGCGCGGAAUCAGCUGCAUGGAGGCUUCUUCACGCACGGCGACGAGUCUCUCGACAGCAUCGCAGCAGGCGGGAGUGGAGAGGCGUCGGAGCCUGGCACCCGCUGGGCGCCUGAUCCUCGUGAAAGCUUCGACAGCACUCUCUACAGUCAGACGUACGGCAACUACGGGGUUCCCCCACGUCGAUUGGAAAGCAUCAUGGACGAUGAGGACCGGAAGAAGUUUGAACUCGCACAGCAGAGCCAGUCAUAUACCAUUUUACGGCCAGCUCGAAUCGUGUAG